GCAUGGAAGUAAGUCAGCAGAUAUCAAACUCCUCGGAUUAUAAAGCUACCCUUGUAAUGGUUCAUAUUAUGUGGCUAUUCUUCUAAAGAAGGAAAAAAAAUAUAUGGAGAAAAGCAAUUUUUUAACAAGUCUAGUAGUUGUAAUACUUGUGUUGUCAUAUGCAAAUGCAACCUUGUCAAUCCCUAAAGCUAAGAAGCACUUUGUGCUAGUUCAUAGACCAUGCCAUGGAGCCUGGUCCUGGUACAAGAUUGUGGCAUUGAUGAAAUCUUCAGGGCAUAAUGUCACAGCUAUUGACUUGGGUGCUUCAGGAAUCAACCCGAAACAGGCCCUUGAAAUCCCACAUUUUUCCGAUUACUUGAGUCCUCUAAUGGAGUUGAUGUCUUCUCUUCCUGCACAUGAAAAAGUGGUUCUUGUAGGCCAUGAAUUUAGUGGUUUUGUCAUUUCUAAGGCCAUGGAAAGCUUUCCAGAAAAGAUUUCAGUUGCUGUAUUUGUUACUGCUGUAAUGCCUGGUCUAACUUUCAAUGCAACGGCCAUCCUCUACACCGAGCUCUUGGCAGUCACUGGUGCAUUAACUUUACUUGAUAAUCGUGUUGCUUAUGAUAAUGGACCUACUAAUCCUCCAACAACCUUCAGUUAUGGUCCCAAAUACUUGGCAGUUAAGCUUUACGAUAAGAGUCCAAUUCAGGAUUUGGCACUGGCCACUACACUAGUAAGGCCACUAUACUUGUACAGUGUGAAAGAUGUUUCUAUGGAGUUAGUUCUUUCGAGAAAAAGGUACGGAUCAGUUAAACGGGUAUUCAUUGUUGCUGCUGAUGAUAACCUUCUGAAGAAGGAAUUUCAGAAGAGGAUGAUUGAAAAGAAUCCACCAGAUGAAGUGGAAGUGAUCCAAGGCUCUGAUCACAUGACCAUGAUGUCUAAGCCCCUUCAACUUUUUACUACACUUGUGAGCAUUGCUAACAAGUAUAGCUAAGAGCUGUUAAUUAAUUAAGAAGAAUAAGUGUAAGGCUGAGAAUAAAAUUACUGAUGCAAUGAUAUGGGGAUCUCAGUUCUUCCAUACAAGUCUUAGUUAAUUUGAUAUUUCCAUCAUAGUGUUUGGAAUUGACAUCAAU